AUGGAUUCACAAGAUGAUACGGACGGCAAUAUCUCUUUCAAUUGGGGGAAUCCGCGAGAGCACUGCCCGCCCGACGACUUCAAGGGAUUCCGCGACGAGUUCAACUUCGCCGUCUCUCUUCUCAUGCAGAUCACUUUCGGGCUGUCUGGUAUUCACUUUUAACCGAAUACCUCCAAGAUUUCUGUGUUUUCAGUGAUUCUCUUGUCCAUUUACCCUAACUUUUUCACGAGUUUUCUGGCCGUCUUCUCGAUGCUGGCGUGCUCUACUUGGAUCAAGAUUCACGGCAAAAAGAUGACAAGACGAGAGGUAUCGCUUUGGUUUUUGUCCCGAAUACACCCCAUUCAUCUGCAGGUGAUUUUCUUCGAAGCUCGCAACAUUCUGGAGGUGGAUCCGCCCGUGUUCACCUUCGGAAUGCCGGUCAACACGGACGACUGUCUGACCCCUGGGGAUGGGGAACAACGCGAAGCACCGCAACCGCAGACCCUCUGGGACGCACUGUUUUGCGACGAAAAGACGAUGCGAAUGGACUCGUUCUACAGAAAACAUUACGGAAAAGUCCAUGAGACCGGACAGAAGAUGCUCAGGGUAUUGAAGAAGAGGUGUCGUGCUUGGCAGCUGUGAAAGUUUUCAGGAGUACGAGAUGCAAAAGGCGGCCGCCAAAGAGAAGGAAUCUCCGCCGAACAAAGUGGUGCCCCAGUCGUCGCCGAGCAAAUAA